AUGAGGGGAUUUUCACUAGUGUCGGGGUUAGAAAUGAAUACAACAAAGAGUAACAUAUUUGAGCUUAAUGUCGAUCCAAAUUCUAUCAUAAGUACUGCUGGUCUCAUUGGAUGUAGAGCAGGACAGUUGCCAUUUGAUUACCUUUGGUUGAAAAUGGGGGCAAACAUGAACCUGUGUAAAAACUGGCUUGAAGUAAUUGAUCCUUUUGAGGGUCGGCUGUCAUCAUGGGAAGCUAAAAGGUUGUCCCUAGCUAGGCGAGUUACUCUUAUUAAAUCCGUUCUCGAUAGUUUGCCAAUCUAUUAUCUAUCAAUUCCUAAGGCCCCAUCAAAAGUCAUUGAAAAUCUAGAAAAGAUUAGGAGAAGAUUCCUAUGGGGUGGGGCUGAAAAUUCAACUAAGAUUAAUUGGGUGUGUUGGACACGAGUGAUAGCUCCAAAGGAAGAAGGGGGUUUGGGACUCGGGUCGCUUAAACAUUUAAGUGAUAGCCUGUUGCUUACGUGGUGGUGGAGGUUUCACAAAGAAACAAAUUUAAUUUGGAGUCAAGCUAUCAAAGCAAUACAUAAGAGCAAGAAUGAAUCUUCACUGGGUCCCAAAGUAAAAAAGGAUAUGGCUGAACUUAAUGUGGAUAUAACACAACUCAUUACAAAUGAAAACGGUGUUUGGACUUGGGAGGUAACAACACGGGCUCCUUCUCAAUGGCAUCAGCACAAUAUGCUAUUAGAAACGCUUCAGCAAGAGCAAAUGAAUUUCACUUUUCAUGGAGCAAAUAGGUCCCCGGUAAGGUACAAGAACACAGAAUCAAUGUUUAUAAGUAUCGUAGAACACUUAAACGAUGAUUGA